AUGGUUGUCUACAAACUCCACUAUUUCGCGGCGCGGCACCGUGCCGAGGCUAUCAGGCUGAUGUUCCAUUAUAAUGGGACGAAGUUUGAGGACAUCCGAUAUGACCUGGAGAAGUGGACAAGUGUAAAACCGAGUAAGUUAAGUUUGCAGUCAAAACGAUAAAAGGGGCUUAUGGAACAAGUCAUUUACAGUGGAGAGGGAGGCAUUUUGCCACAUUUUUGAUACUUCCCGUACGCAAAAUGAUACGUUUUUGCCACUGGAUUAGGGCCCUCUAGAAAAUAAUCUUUGGAAGGGAGAACUCGAGCUAGAGGUCUCGCAAAUGUCUUGGAGAAAGUUAUUCUAAAUUUGUGCCAAGUUUCAUAAAAAUCUAUGCGUUUUAGUACAUCCCCUCUUAAUUUAGUCAGGCCUUAAAAAACUCAAACAUAAGUAGAUGUAGCCCUUUAUUCCCCACAUUAUCAACGUCUUUCAGCUGUUCCGUUUGGUAGGUUGCCAAUGCUGGAAGUGGAUAACAAUAAAAUUGUCCAGAGCACCGCAAUUAUGAGGUUUCUGGCCAGACGAUUUGGUAGGCGAGUUUCUUCUCUAUAGACAUUUUAAUGCUAGCGCUUUUUGACUUGACUUUUUUCUCUACGUAUCAACACAUUUUUCUCAGGGUUGUCCGGAGCCACCGUUUUUGACCAAGCUCGAGCCGACGAGGCCUGCGAUGUUAUACUCGACUUUGACGACCAAAUCGCGGAGUUUAUCGAGAUCGUGGCCAAGUUUCGAGCAGGAGAUGAGGCAAGUUCUACCAGAGUGUCUUAUUUCUCAUUUUCGAAAUUUAGAAAACAGCUCAAAAAGAGAUUUUGGAGCCCGCCGUGGAUCGAUUUUUCCCGAUUUUCCGCAAGUUUUUGAAUGAAAAUCAAGGGACGUUCAUAGCGGGAAAGCGUCUCACUUACCCGGAUUUCUACUUGGCAGAUCUUCUAUUCACUGUGAGAGCACUCUCGCCUCAGUCAUUCGACCAUUAUGGAGAUUUAAGCGCGUAUAUUAAUCGGAUAUACGCAAUGCCCAAGCUGAAGAAAUAUCUCGCCUCAAGACCUGCUACAGUCGUGUAG